AUGGGUUAUAUUUAUUCAUACUCAUUUGAGAGAUAUAGAGAUGAUGUCCUCAGACGUAUCGGUUAAGGCUAUGGAGUUGGGCUUUUAGCAGGAUCUGUUAUAUUUUUCUUCAGUGGGAUGUACUAUGCACCAAUUAGGUAAAGAAUUAUCUCUGGAAUUUUAAAUGCCAGAGAUAAAGCCCCUGCACUAGGAGGAAAUUUUGCAGGUUGGUGUGGAUGCUUUGCAUUCUUUGGUGAUGGAAUGAAAUACGGAAGAUAAAUUGACGAUAAAUGGAAUGAUACAAUUGGAGGAGGCGCUACAGCAUUUUUGCUGUCUUUGAGAAGUUAUGGAUUUCAGAAUGCUCUGAAACAGGGAUUACAGAUAGGCUUAUUUUUCUACUUUAUGGAAGCAUUCAAAUACUCUGCAAUUGAAAAAAAGAGAUAAGAAGUAGUAGAUGGUGUGUAGGUUAUAAAGAAGAAUGAUGAGGAUUAUGAGAUUGUAAUGACACCUGAAUAGUUCGCACAAGUUGAAAAGGAAUUAUUGUAAAAGGGUAUUGCUAUUUAAAAACAUGGAGAUAGCUAUUUGAGUUUCUCUGUCAAAAAACAAUGA